GAUAUUCAGUAUAAAGGUUUAUUAAAGUUUUGAAAUGAGAACCUCAGAAGUAUUACUGAAGAUAUGUUUUGGUUCAUUUGACAUCUGUUUAGAGAUAAACCGUAAUAUAAAUAUAACCGUUCCUUUGACAAAAAUAAUAGCUUUAUUGAUUACUUGAUUUAAUUAUCUUGUUGGAAUAAUAGUUCACUUUAGUUUCCUUUUUGAGUUUAAAAAAUCAACAUAGAAGUUUUACAAAUUCGUAAUCCUACAUCUCAGGUUUGCGAGGUUGUGUGUAAGAACGAACUUGCUGAAGAAGAAGAAUAAGCCGACGGAGGUCACAGACAAGAGGGCCAAUACGAUGGUGGGGAAAAAGGUAUUUGUCACAGUUGGAACGACUCACUUUGACAGCUUAAUCGAGGUGAUGUCAAAUGAGGAGACUCUAAAGAUUCUCCACUCUAAGGGAUAUACAAGUCUUGUCUUGCAAAUAGGUCAGGGACACUUUAUUCCUCCUACUCACAAGUGUCAUGGGGUUACCUUGUCAUUCUUCCGCCUGAAGCCUAGUAUUGCGGAAGACUUUGCUGCAGCAGACCUGGUCGUAAGUCACGCAGGUGCCGGGUCGUGUCUGGAGGCCCUUGAAGCAGGGAAACCACUGAUUGCCGUCAUUAAUAACACACUCAUGGAGAAUCAUCAGAGUGAGCUUGCUGAAGAACUAUCCAAAUCUGAAUUAUGUUUCUGCUGUUAUCCAUCCACAGUGCAAGAAACUCUUGCAGAUUUAGAUGUGACACGGCUCAGAGCUUAUGAACCCGGCCGACCUAAACUUGUGGCAAAGUAUCUAGAUAGUGUAAUAAAAGUUCUUUAGCCAGUUGUCUGUUAUUAUCAUAGCUGGUUAUAUCAUUCUGAACUCAAAAUAUAGUUUGUGGUUGGUCUUGCUGAAAAGUUUGGCAAGAUUAAAUUUACUAUACUUAAUUUUAUUGGAGACAGCAUAAAAUGUGACUGGAUAAUAAGUGAAUUAAUAGUAUGUUAAAUCCAUUUUCUCAAUUUCCUUUAAAACAUGUCACAAGUUCCUUUUUUUUUUGUUGUCUUCAAUUUCAAUUGGUUGCAUUUCUUAAAAUCUUGUAUCAGUUUACAGGUCAAGAGUUCCAUCUGUGAAGUUUCUUUUUGCUUGACUUUAUCUUUCACCAUAAAUUUUACUUUGGAUAUAUAUAUGUAUAAAGUUAAAAAUCAUAAACAUUUGUAUAAAGAGUUAAAAUCAUGUCAUACAUAUUAUGUAGCCUUCUGUUAGGGUAAUCUCCGUCCAUUACCCCAACUUAGUCCCAGGACGAUUUUUCACACAUAUCAAUGGGUUAAUUUGAGUCUCUCACUCAAAGCAAAAUGAGUUUGAAUCAUCCCCUUCUAAAAUUCUUUAGGUGUUGAAGGAUCAAGAUAAUCAAGGAAUCAUUUUCUCUGUUUCAAGGUAAAGUUUCUUUUUUACCCUGCACACAUACAAUUCAACAUAGACCUAAGAUGCACAUAUGAAGAAAUGCUCGUCCAAGGGUGUUCUCAGACCGCUUGGCCAGAAAGGUAGAAAAUAUUUUGCUAGUAUAAACUCACCUGUAACAUAAGCAUUGAUAUGUUCAUUUAAAUCAUGAGAUUCCAGUGCUUGAUGAAUAUGAACAUAUUGACAUUUAUGUUAUAGAUAACAUUUUUAAGUAACGAAAUAUUUGAUAAAUGCAUUUUCGGGUAAUUGGACUGAGAACGUCUUUGGAUGUGCAUGUCCGCAUAUGAUGGCAGAAGUUCAGUUUAGUAAUAUUCACUUGAUUAUUACUAAACUGGUUAACAUAGGCUUACUUCAUAAGCUCAUUCUUAAUUAUACAAUUACCCAGUAUUGCAUAUUAUCAAUUGCAUACUGGCUGGGGUUGAACAGCUGAUACAUUAAAAUUGAUUCCGAAAUUUUGCCGUAACAACAAACCCUUUGGAUUUUUUAUUUUAUUUUAUGGCAAUUGUUUAAUUAAAAAUAUGAGAAGUUU